AUGCCGUCUUCCAGCAUACUCAAUAGCAUAUUGAACGAUCACGACAUACUCGGAAAGAAUUUCAGAGGACUCCUCGAAUAUAACUACAGCCCCUCACAGUGGGGUCAAGAUGAGGAUGGCCUGCAUGAAGGGAUUCUUCCGCGACCGCCAUUGAACUUUUAUGACCUCCACGUCGAUUCACGUUUGAUACUGAAAGCAGUGAAAAAAGUGGAAUUUCCUCUCAAUCAAUACCUCAUGGACUUUUUCGGGGAAGAAGUUCGAAUUUUCCGAAAACGGGGACAUCACUUUCCUGCUCCCGAAAGCCUUGCCUUACCCAAAUUUGAGAAACUCUAUUCUAUUCUACCACGGGAGGUUUGGGGCUAUUACAGGAUUCACAUUCGGCCAGUGGCAAGCGGGUUCGCGUCAAACAUGUACUUCUGCCCCCAACACCCUAAAUGGUCUGGCAGCCUAUUUUGCUUUGACGUACCUGGCAAUGACCGCAACCCAGGCUUCUGUCAAGAGGUUGGCCUUACCGUGUCUCCGCUCGAUGAAGUACUCACUGGGGAUGGGAUAUCCAUCUCCGAACACCUCCUCGACGUCCUGCAACCUCUGAGCAAAGCCAGAGCUCAUUUCGCCAUCUGGGAAGUGUUCUCCUUGACGAGAGCCGCGAAGGCGUUGUUAGGAGCGCUUGGACUACUGCAUCAAUUUCCAUGGAUGAACACAGGCACGCAAGGCCACUCGAUUCUCCUACCUUUCCAGACGCCGCCGCCGGAUGCCAGGAUCGGUAUAGCCGCCCAGCUUGCCACCACAGAGUCUGUUACCCCCAUAGAACCUUCGACAACGAGCAAAGAACAGCUGACAAAUAAAGUCAUUCAGACGGCGCCACGAGUGGGUACGCGGCGUUCGGGUCGUAAAACUUAUACGCCCAGUCCCGAGCAACAUAUGCAGCGCGCAUGGACACGGGCGGCUGAGACAGACUCGACGUUCAUCGUCUUCCACUGUGGCAGAUAUGAAAGGAUUGGUAUCCGCCAUCGAGGAACUCAAACUCUCUACCUUAGCGAGCUCAUCGACACCGUGCUGUGCUCUGAUCCUACGUACAGGUCUUUACAGGUCGCUCUUCUUCUUGCCAUCGUCAAAGAUAUGCUAGACCGGCGUGAUGCACUCGAUUGUGAGGAAGGCGACGAGGCUUCGGCAAGGGCGAAGAAACGUCGAAGGGAAGUCGAACCUGAAGAUGGCGUACAGCUGAAACGACAGAAGCUCAGUCCUGACGUGGGUCUGGGAUGCGACCCUGGCUCGACGAGUGCCCUCACCCUUGAAGACCUAGAGCAAGAACUCGAACCCCGCAUAUUAGCCGUUGUUUAUCUCAAUUACAGCUGUUACCGCUCCCCUACGCCUUCGUCGUUCCACCGAGUGGCACCAGCAUGUACUUCCGACCUCCUACAACAAACCCACAAAAAGCAACAGCGAAAAUUUUCACCUUUUCAAUACUUCACUCUUUUGCUGGGCAAACCUCUCGCAGAAGGUGCAAUCGGAGUUGGUCACCCGGCGCAAGCCCUUUUCAUGUCAAGCUCCGGCUCCACGAGGCGCUUCGAGAAUCUAGUCCUCAAGCUAGCUUUCGGGAAAGACGAGCAGGAGAAACUUUGGCAUGAAUACAAAGUCUACCAGCAUAUGUGGCAGAACAAGGAAAUGAAAGGCAUCGUCCGAGUUUUUGGGCUGUUCCAGGAUGCAGAAACUGGCACCCUCGCCCUUAUGAUGGAACAUGGAGGGAUUUCGGCCACCAUGCGCGAAGCAGCGCGUACCGGUCAGAUCAGUGUGCUACACCUAACAACAGAAGAACGUGACUCGCUAGUGUCGGCCCUAACGAGUAUCCACGACGCAGGUGUCGUUCACGGGGAUUUUAGGACUGACAACAUUGUCAUUGACAAUUCCAACCAGUUCAGGAUCAUCGAUUUCGACCGUGCCAUUUUCGAAGACCCCAAGACCAGUGGGAGAAUGGUCUUCGAGAUGGAUGAACUCAACGAACUUGUUGAAGUGGACGAUAGCUGA